CAACUGAAGUGCGUCGGUGUGUGCGUGCGGCUUUUGUUUACACGGUGUUUCGCCGCCGGGACAACGUCCGCGCGAAGGGAACCGCCGCGUACUAGCAGCGUGCGAGCGGCUGGUAGUGUGAAAGAGACACAAACAAAGAGGCGCGCACGAGUGAGAGAGGGCGAGUUGUGCUCGGCUCUUGUCAAAAUCGGGAUCGGGAACACGGCACAACCACUCGCACACUGUUUACCUCUCAGCCAGCGGUAGAAGGCUGUGCGUUCGCUUGUUGUGUGCAUUCGUGAAGAAACAGUGCCGUGUGCUGAACUGCUGGAGUUGUGCACUGGAUGUUGGUUGUGUUGAAAAGGGAAGAAAAACGUGAAUUCAAAUUGCAUUUCAGGGCUGCAUUGUGGAUGCAUUUCCCUCCGAAUCAAUGUGUGUGUGUGAGUGUGGGAAAUGAAACGCUGCAAUUGAACGCACUCUUUCACGUCCUUUUCCUUCUAAGCCGACGCCACCGGGUUCCCCUUCACUCAUCCCGGGGACCGUGGUGCGCUGAUAAAGUGUGAAGCAGCAGCUCCUCUUCUCAAGUGCUGUGUGGGCACCCUUGUUGGUUGUGCAGCAGAAUCGCGGCAUCGAAUCGCGAUAUGUUGUUGAUGAUGCAGCCGUGGAUAUGAUGUACUGGGUGCGUGUGUAAGUGGGUAAUUUUGAAGGGUGUGUGUGUGUGUGACGAAUAAUCGUAUGUGCCCGAAGGAAAAGGAAAAGAUAGAUCCCACACCACCACUCCAUUCUUGUUGUGCGCUGUAUAAUUUCGAAUGUAUGUGUGUGUGUGUGCGCGUUAGUGUGUGCUCUGGUGUGGAAGGUUUAAAGGGCAUCUUGUAAGUUAAGCGGGGCUCAAAGAAGUAAUAAGGAUGAUACGGUGCAGUGUGUCUUAGCCAGGAAGUGAAGAUCGAAAGGUUUUGUGCAACGUUUCGAUCGAAUUCAGUGAGGGAUCGGUUGGAAAGUGUAUGUUACAGCCAUUUUCACAUCCUGUGUGAAGUGAGAAGAAGCAGAAAAAGCUGUUAGCUGCGCUGCCUUCACAGAUGUUAUGAAAGACAAACAAAACAUAUACACAACGAGCGAAACGGUUGGAACAGUUGUAAGGUAACGUCAUAGAAGGAUGUAAACUACACGCAGCAGCAGCAGCAGCAUAAACGACUGGUUAUUCUCGCCAUAAUAAAAUGGAUCAUAUAUUUAAAAUCAACUAAACAAGGCCCGGAACAUCGCAACGGAACGGUAGAAACGGAACCACGUGUUCCGUGUAAGCAAAGCAUAUCCGGUGUUAGCCGGCCUGUACGUGAUUGAUAAAGCACGGCCACGGACUUGGCAAGCUUGAAUGGAGAAACACAGCAGCAGCAAGUAAAAGCAGCGUGAGUGUGUGUGUGUGUGUGUCAGUGUGAAGUGCUGCCCCACUAGAGAUACCACUAGAACCUCCGGGGCCAUUGUACCGGAGAAAACGAAACUGAGCUAAAGGGAGAAGAAGCUGUCGCUGCUGAUUUAUUUCCUGCGAGAAUCAGCACCUUCACCAUGGACAAAUCGACGGCCACCGCCGCCCAUCCGUCAGCGGCAACGGCCGCCGCCGGGCCUAAGGUAUCGCAGAUAGCGAACCUCUUCCAGCGCAAACCGGUCGAGCUCGCGCAGGACGUACAGACGCGCAGCGGCGAUCGGCCAGCGGCGGACAGUGCCACCGCCGCAACCCAUUCCCCCACGGCAACGGUCGUGCGGACCGAGUCACACGCCGCCCGCUUCAACAACGCGCGCGCCCUGUUUGAAAAGCUGGGCGAAGGGCGCGUCAACCGUCCGCCACCGUUCAGCAUCAAGAUGUCGCACUCGAGCAGCCGGGAGGACAAUCUGUCCGACAUCGGUUCCGGGCCGGACCGGUCACCGUCGCCAAAGAGAAAGCAACUGCAGCAGCCGCCGCCGCCGACGGCCAUCAGCAACGGCAUCGGCAAGCUCGACUCGAACCGCAUCCUCAACCAGUCCCGGUUGAAGUCCGAGAAGCCGGAAAAGCCCGAAAAGCCGGAGCGCAAGUUUAACUCGCGCGAGCUGAUCGAGAAGCAGAAGAACUGGACGUCCCAUUUUUCCAAGACGCGCACAACGAAGGGCAGCGAUUUCAACCGGUGCGAUAUCAUUCGGACCGUACCGGGGACGGGCAUUAUAGCGGGAGCGGGUGCGAAUGCGGCCACCGCAGCUGCAACCCCACCGGUCAACACUGCGCCGACCACCAACGGGAACUAUUCAGCCAUUCCAAAUGGAAGCGCAAAGGAGCCGCUUCCACCUCCGCCGUUCGCAGCGGAACGAAAUGGGCAUGGGGUGCACCAUCGGCUACCGUCCCCGAGUGAGCCACCGCCAAGUCCGCCGAAGCGACAGACGCCACCACCGCCCCCGCCGGAGAAGGGUCCGCGGACGGCCAACUUGCGCCAGAACUCGUUCCCGAGCCCCACAAAGACACCGCCAGCAGUGCCGCCGCACGCCACCGAUCCGAGCUCGCUCAGUCCCACCAAGCUGAGCCCGGAAAAGCUGAAACCUCCACCGCGGCAGGCGGAACCGCCUCCAGCGGUUACAGCGCCGCACGCUAACUUGCCCCCGGUUGCACCGGUGCGAAGCAGUACCACCGUACUUACGACGGUCCAUCACCAACAGCAGCAGCAGCAGCAACUAGUCGAACAACAGGUGCCACCGCCUCCACCGGAGAAAGCAAUUCGCAAAAAAUCGCUGGAGGGCAACCUGGACGAACGGCUGCCGGCGGUACCGGCGCCGCCGACAGGUAACGGGGGCUUCAAGUAUCCCGAGCUCGGACCGCUUGCCCGACGGCAAUCGUCCGAAAAGGACACCGGCUCGGGUGGACUGACCUCACCGGCACACGCCAUCAGCUCGUCGCCGUCGCCGGGCGCGAGCGCUUCGUCCGGUCCGUCGUCGCCGAUCCACACCGAGGACGAGAAGCAGGAAAACGAGUCGACGGAAAAGCUGAUGAAAGCAGGCAGCAGCAUCGAGCGGGACGAUUCGUCCAGGGCCGAAGACUCACCGCCGGCGCACGAAGCGAAACCGGUCGAGGAACUAAAUGGAAAAUCCUCACGUACAGACGAUGAACAUUCCGGUGAACAGCAGCAGCAGCCGCCGCAGCAACAAGGCGGCGUCACCCGCCGCACCAAGGUGUCGAGCAUCUGUUUCGACGUUCCUGCCGCCGGGCUUGGCAACCGUCCGCCGAGCAUCAUCAGCAGCUCCACCACUACGGACGAGGGCGGGUUCAACGAACCGUCGCCCGAAAUCAAAGCCAAGCUAAAGCCCGCCUACGAGUUUGAUCUGCCGCUGCCGGCGUCCCCGCCCCGCAAGGUACCGAUCGGGGAGGAUCGCUCACCGGUCGGCAGCCCGGCCGAAGCGAAGCUAACCUACGCCGAUCUGGGCUAUCGGGUGCGACCCGACGGUACGGAGUGUGACGAAAUCUAUGGCGAGGUGGACGUGUAUCGGAGUGCCAAACAGCCGGCGGUCGGUGUGCCACUUGCUCGAUCUCAACCAUCCGGUGCGGCGGCAAGUGCCGGCGUACCGAACGGUGGCCAAGCUGCCGCCCAGCUAGCUGAGCCGCAGGUUGUUGCUGGCCCCGCUACCCUUGCCAACGGUCGGUCCGGGCCCACCGAACGGGUAGUUUACGCAUCGAUUCUGCCGUCCUCGCUCGGUGACAACGGCUCCACCACCACGAUGGCCACCGACAGUGAGCUCGCCUUCAUGGACGGCGAGCGGGACGAGGCGAAGAUACUGGACUUUGACGAGCUGAGCGAGAUGGGCGAAAAGGGCUACCACAGUGCGCAGAUACUGCUCGAUCCGACGCGAACGACGCUCAGCCAGCCGGCGGACGAUGACUACAGCACGAAAACGCUGCCCGAGCCACCGUCGCUCGCGUCGCUGCGGCCACCGCCGAUCCCGGAAGGGCCCCCGCUGGAUCUGCAGGACACGCUCAAGUUUGCGGACGCGAGCGACAACGAGCAGGACAGCCUGCUGCCCGACGAGAUGACGGCGGAUGAGGCGGAACGGCUACUUAGCUCCAGAAUUUUGGAGAACAAGAUCAGACAACGACCGCUACUCUCGGACGAACAGGCACGCGAAGUGGAGCAAAUUCUGCUCAACAAUCAAGCCAAAGCGGAAGCGGAAGAACCACCCGCAGUACGGGUAGUGGCAGGGCCCCGCCAGCAAGUACCGUCCGUUCCGGAGCCGGCCGCCAAACCUCAGCAACUGCCACCGAAACAAGCACCGCCAACCACCACCACUGCCGCCGUCUCAUCGACAGCGCCCACGGCGGACGAGCCGGACUGGCUGAAGGAUGUGCUGGAGGCACCGAAGAACGCUACCUCCUCCUCGUCCACGGCCGGCUCGUCGAUGCGCGAUAAGCCACCACCGCCACCGCCGCCUACCAGCGCUAGCAGAAACAAUUCCACCACUAGUCAUCCGGAGGAUACGAGCAUCGGCAACAACACGACGUGCGAUCUGCUCAACCAAACCAUCCUGCUCGACUCGUCCUCCAUGCUGGCCGAUUCGUACGUCGAUACGGGCGACUCGAUACCGAGCGUCACCACCACCACCUCGGACAGCAUCAAUCUGAGCAAGCUGGAGGAGUCGGCGGCCGAAACGACCGGUGCACUGGAGGACGAGGGCGAAGCGACACAGGAAGAGGAAGGUCAGGAGGAGGAGCAACAGCAGCAGCAGCAGCAGCAGCAGCUAGCUAGCGGUCGGUGUGUUGCGGCACACCGACAACAGCAGCAGCCCCAGGCACUGGCUGAGGGCAGUGUUAGCGAGGCGGACGUGUCGGCCGACGAUGAGUCGAACAACUCGGCCGCCGGCUUCUACAUUCCCGAGUAUCCGCCCGUGCGCUGCAAGGAGGUGUACGUCAACCCGGACGGGGUGCACUUCUUCGAGGACGGCAACUUCUGGAUGGAGGUGCCGGGCCUGAUCGAGGCGGAGCGCGAGCUGGACGAUGACGAUCUGCGCGGGUACGUGAAGAAAACCACGAAGGUAAAGUUCAGCUGCAACCCGAUGCAGGUGUUCUCGACGUUCUCGGUCAACGAUUACGAUCGGCGCAACGAGGACGUCGACCCGGUGGCGGCCUCCGCCGAGUACGAGCUGGAGAAGCGGGUCGAAAAGAUGGACGUCUUCCCGGUGGAGCUAAUGAAGGGACCUGAGGGUUUGGGAUUGAGCAUAAUAGGUAUGGGUGUUGGCGCGGACGCUGGGUUGGAAAAGUUGGGCAUAUUCGUAAAAACCAUUACGGACAAUGGUGCCGCUGCCCGUGACGGAAGAAUACAGGUGAACGAUCAAAUCAUUGAAGUCGAUGGCAAAAGUCUAGUCGGUGUUACGCAAGCGUACGCUGCAUCCGUGCUGCGCAACACCUCCGGUCUGGUGCGGUUCCAGAUUGGGCGCGAACGCGACCCGGAAAACUCGGAGGUCGCGCAACUGAUCCGCCAAAGCCUGCAGGCCGAUCGGGAGAAGGAGGAACGCGUUAAGCGGCAGCUCGAGGACUACAUCCGGCGGAAUGCAGAAAUCUCGGAAGACAGCACGCUGCCUGUGUCGGCAAACUCGAGCGUUUCCGAGGGCCCAGUCAGUCCUACGACGAAUGCAGCCGAAUCGCUGUUCGAAACGGAAGCUGCCAGGAGCAGCGACGUGGAGUCGUUGCGCCGCAUCCUGCAGGAGAACCUUAAAACCAUUGCACUGCAUGAGGGCGACAUACUGAACCUGAAGCAACAGCUCAUUAAAUACCAGCAGACCUGCAACGAGGCAGAGCUGUUGAAUGAGCGCGUGAAGCAGACGGAGCGGGAGCUGGCCAACAUCAAGAAGGAGGCAAACAACUACCAGAACAUGCUGCAGCAGUCCCAGGCACAGUACCUGGUGCUGGAAAAGAAGUACAGUCGGGUGAAGAAGAUACUGCGCGAUUAUCAGCACCGGGAGCGAGAUAUGAUCCAGUUCCAGGAGUAUUACCUGCAGCACUUGCAGGAGAAGGACACCGAGUACAACGCGCUGGUGAAGAAGCUGAAGGAUCGCGUCAUCAGCCUCGAGCAGGAGCUGCAGGAAACGCAACGGAAGGCCGGCUUUCCGGUCAUCCUGCCGUACGACAGUGCCAGCCUGAAGCUGACGCCCCAGAUGUCCCGCCGGCAGCCCCCGAAGCCCGUCUUCCAGAAGCUCGAGACGGAUCUGUCCGACACGGAGUUUAGCGACCUCUCGCCGGACGGUGAGGGAGAGGACGGCAAGACGGCAACGGUGGAGCGGAAGGUGCCGGCGACGACCAAGGACGACGAUCUGGAUGUGGCCGUCCCGCAGCACGAGCUGCUGGACAAUUCGCUCAACAAGGGCAAAAGCGAUCUGGUGGCGCGGGGCGGCUUGGCCAAGCGCAAUCUGCCCGGCAAGCGAAGCCACAGUAACAGCGGCUCCGACUGUGCGCUGGACGAAAGCGACGACGACGAGGGACAGCUGACGCGAAACGCGACCGGUACGGAGGGUUCGCACGAGUACAGUGGGCUGUACAGUACGCCCCAGAUCGUGAACCGCAAGGUGGCCACGCUGAAGGGCGAAGACUCCGGGCUGCCCGUGUACGCACAGGUGAACAAAGAGCGUAGCUCCGGUGGAGGACAUGCGGACCAUCACCAGCAGCAGCAGCAGCAGCAGCAGCAUACGACGAUUCCGAACAUUUACCGUGCGGCGGUAGGGUCGGACAAUGGCAAGCUGAACUCGAGCUACGGGUCGGAUCUGAACGCGUCCUCGUACGACAGUGAUCUCGGCUCGUCCACGGACAAGCUGAAGGAUAGUGGGCUGUCCAGCGACAGCUGGAUGUACCCGAGCCGAAGGCCAAAGGGGCUGAAGGGUAUAACGCCGCCGCUGCUAGCGGAACAGCUGAAGGAACGGCUGGCGGAGCGGGAAGGCCGCCGUGGCUCGGGCGGUGGUUUGAUCGACGACGGGUCGUCGCGCGACUCGAGCGACGACUACUCGGAAAUUAACCAGCAGCAGCGACACAUCAGCCCGGCCGCCUCACUGUCGCAGAACCUGCUGGUGGAAAUCAAGAAGGCUGUCAACGAAGCGCAACCGAAAGUGAAAAACAUACUUCCACAAAAUUUAUCUCCUCCAGGCGGUAACGGUCCAUGGCAGCAGCAGCAGCAGCAGCAGCAGCAGCAGGGUGCGCAAUCGACAAGCGGCGGUACGACGGCAGGCAGCUCCCAGGGACCCCCGUCACCGUCGAGCGUCUCGAGCGGAUCGACGUCACCGGGCGCUUACUCCCCCAGCCGUACGCUCGAUCUGUCCGGGUCCACGUCCAGCUUCUCGAGCGAUCGGAUCCGUGAUACGCACCAGUGGAAAAAUGGCCCCGUCGAGGAGUGGUCUAACGAACAGGUCUGCCAGUGGUUGCUCGGUAUCGGGCUGGAUCAUCACAUACCGGCCUUCAUGCAGCAUUCGGUCGAGGGCGGUGCGUUGCUGCAGCUGGACAAGCCCGACUUCAAGAUACUGAACGUGGGCGGCGAUGAUAAGAAGCUGCUCAAGCGCAACAUUAAGGAGCUGCGGCGACUGAACGAGAAGGAGCGCAAGCAGAACGAGAAGGAGCGGCGCGAGCGGGAAAAGCUGUUCAAGAAGCAGGAAAAGAAAGCGGAAAAGGAGCAAAAGAAACGAUACCAGAAGUAAAGGGAGCGGGGGGUAUCCGAAGGAGAGGGCUGUUGCAUUUAGUAGGAGAAUGAGCUGUUCUCGAACCCGAGGGCUUGGCGCCUUUUGCACUCUGUUCCAUUGGAUUCGGAUUGGAAGGAGAGAUUGCAAGGAGCAACGAAAGACAGCUGUUACAUGUCGGACAUAAAAUUACCUUAUGAUGACGCCUACAUAUUGAUGUACGUGUGUACGUGUGUAUGGAUGAGUGUCUACGAAUGGGACGUGUAAUUGUACAAUUACAAAACAAAACGAAAGGAAAAAAAGGUAGUGCUGUAUUACGGUUGGCUACAAGUUAAACUGCAAAAGAUCUACUGUGCCACUCCCGUUGGUGUGGUGGUCCGUUUUUUCCACACAUACACACACACACACAAACACACUCAGCCGAAGAAAGGGUUCCCUUUUUCCGCGUGUAAACUGUAUUUAGUUAAUUAUAGGAGUUAUUGUGUUACAUUUUUUUUGUGAAUAUUUACAACAAAAUUAGAAGAGGAGAUUAAAAGGUAUUAUGAUCGUUUACCUUGCCCAAAUAAACGCGAUAGUAGGGCGUUAUACUUUAGUUAGGGGGUUUUUUUUGCUGUUUGUUUGCUGUAUUUCAACCGUGUGCAGUUUCUGAUAUAGGUUUAUUAAUUUAAGUAUUCUCGAUUCAUGAUGAUUUUGAAUGAUGCGUGUUUUUUUUUUUGUUUGCUUUCGUGUGUUGGCUAUAAUUUAUUUAUUUAAAAAUCGAUAAUUGCAUGCUAUUGCCGGAAGUGCAGGAGACUUGUAGUAGCUAUGAUGAUCAAAUAAUAAUAAUAUCUUUAUACGUGGAAACCACAUUUGUCAGCAGGACUCGUUACUGCUGGGUCCAAAACUAGACAAGAAAAGAACAAAAAAACAGGCCUUUUUUACCGGUUCCACCAUGAAAAGGUGCACUAUCUAAGUUUAAUUAAGUAGUGAACCGUGAGCUACGCAAAGGAUAAUGUAUGCAAUAGAUAUUACGAAAGCAGCAUAGGAGUACAGCAGCCGUCAAGGUGUGCGAUAAGAACGAACACACACACGAAAUACACGACGGUGUAAGAUGUAAUCAGUAUAUCGAUAGAGCGAAACGAUUAAUGUGUGUGGCAUAAAAAGCACACCCGCGGGCAUGUAAGGUAACGAUUGAAACCAAACCAUUCAUCAUCAUCAUUAUUGCACACCACCACCAUCACCGUCGUUACUGCAACUACUACAUCCUUCCAUCCGUUCUCGGCCACCCCCCAAAAAAAAAAAAAGAAGGGGUACGAGAGAGAUGAUCCCUUUCUAUCGUUUGUAGUGAAUUAGAAUAGGUGAAACAAGUGAAUUGUAGUGAAAGGAUAGUUUUAAAUUAAACCCCAGCUGUAAGUAACAUAGAAAACGGACACGACGCAACAUUACACACAUUAGUGGCAAACGGUUAACGCAAUUGAUUAAGUUAUGCAUCCGUUUUGCCAAAAAAAAAAACGCGCAGUGAAAUCGAACAAGUGGUGAACAAGAAUCACACAAUAAAUUGUGACAGUCAAAGAUGUUUA